GUAUAUCCAUAUCAUGCAGCGCACAAUAUUUCAGUAGUUUAAGAAUUAAGUUAUUAGCUGCAGUAAUGGCUCCCACUCGAAUUGGCGUCGAUCUGACCGAGUUUCCGCAGAGAAUCGGCAGCGUUAAGAUGGGCCGGUACAUCGUCGUCGAAGGAUCGAAGGGCUUGAAACUGAAGGGGGCAGCUGCUUCAACAACAAAGGAAGAAGUGGUGGCGAUUAUGAAAGAUGCGGUUGAUGUUGUCAAGAGCUUCUUCGGCUCCCAAAAUUUCGACGCUGCUGUUAUAGUCAUUCCUAACGCCACGAGGAAAAAAUCUCAAGACGACAUAAUCUCAUACGGGAGGGGCAAUGGCUUCAACAUCACGCAAGUCAUCGAAGAGCACACCGCCGUUUCCGCCGCCUAUAUCGAGAAGGUUCAACCAAAACUCACCACAAACCUCGCCAUCAUUUCUCUAACGGGUGGCAUCCUCGAAAUCAGCGUGGUCUCCAUAGUUCCCGUAGAAGACCAAUACAUAGGCUAUCACGUCAUCCUAAAGGCGCACAAAGCUCAUCCUGAGGUGCUCGACUUGGAUGAGUCGAAGGAUCAGGGUCAUGAUCAGAAGGGUGGUGGGAGUGGAAUAAUAGGACUUAUUGGAGGAGCUGCGAAGGCACUCGUUGUAGACCCAUUUGAGAACGUUUUGGGUAUUCUGAAGAAUAUAUUGGAGAUUCCAAAUAUCAAGAAGAGUGAGAUAGAUAAGGUAGUGUUUGUUGGUAAGGCAUCAAGGUCGGAGAAAGUGAGGAAGGCGGUGAAAGAGAGUUUCAGCAAGGCUGAGGUGUGGGAAGGGAUAGAUGAUCCUGAUGAAAUUGUGGCAUACGGCGCUACGUAUCUGUCUUAUGAGGAUAAGAAGAUAAAGAUGUACAUGCCAGAUGAUCCUAAUGUUGAUCUGAGACCGGAUGGGCCGGGUACACCAUUGGGUUGACCAUGAAUAUAUCGUAUAUGGACUUCAAGCCAUGCCUAGUGUUAAUUAUAAUAUAUUAAUGUGUCUCUAAUCUUUGCUUUCAAAUAAAUGAAAGCUCUUCGCCAUAUGCAUGGAUGGGGAGGGUGGUAUGUUCCUUUGUAUGUAUGUUUUAUUUCCCUGCAUGGCUCGUUUAUGUCCUUCAUUUUCUGUACUAUCAUAUGUUCAAUGAAUAAGCCUGUCGUAGAAUGAUAUGUAUAUGUCCGUCUUGUAUCAUUUUAAUGUAUUAUUAUUGUGUUCUA